AUGGUUGGACUACCUGUAUGUCAAGAUGAAGACUAUUUGGAGCAGUCGAGGUUGUAUGCCAAUGCCGUCUUGGUGGACGCUUGUCUUAUUAAUUGUCUCCCUCCUGGGAUGCGGCCAAUGGCAGGCCCAUUAAUCUCCGUGCGUGCCAAAUAUUAUGAGCGAAAGCUAUUGAAGAUUUUGAUACCACUGUGGAAGACCGACUUUCAGUACCGUCAUGUGAAAGAAAGUCAGAGAGAUGGCCAGUGGCUCAUUGAAAUAUCUGAGAAUUAUGGAUCGGAGCAGCUGACCGCGAAAAGAGUAGCUGGUCACAUCCUCGCCCUCAUUUCCAUGUUCGUCUUUGCCAUCGGUUGGGUUUUAUCCGUGUUCGAUGAGAUCGUCGGCACCUUGAUUGCCAAAUGUCAAAACGUCUCUGCCCAAUACCGAGGAAUGUCAAGCAAGGAGGCAAUUGACAAACUAUACUGUCUCGAGCCUGCUGUGCGUGAGUCCAUGCGCCUCAAUGACGUGAUGGUACAUCUAGUCACUCUGGAUAUUAUCUCGGGUCAACCAAUUAAUAUCGGAGAGGGAAUCCAAAUUUCCGCUGAGUCCGGACUUCGAACCGUUUUUUUCCGCCCAGAUGGUUCACCAUGA